UAGAACAAUGUUUACCUAAAACACAUUGCAUCUUCACAAUACUUUUAGAAAUAUGUAUUAUACAAAAAGAGGAUGUAUAUAUCGUAGCGUUUGUACAAUCAACUUAACAUUCCUUGUUCAGAAAGAGAGAUAUUGAGAACAUUUCAUUUUUUACAGAUGGAAGUGGAGUGUCGGUUCCUAUGCCCCCUACAUUUGAAAAAAUAAAAGAGGAGAUACUGAAGAAGAUUGAAUCUGGAGAUAUUCUAUUAGGAUCUUUGGUUGAGCCAAAAAAAUAUAAAAAAGCUGUGAUAAAGAAUGGAGUGAUUUUCAAUGAAGAAUUCACAGUAUCUGGUCGUUGUAUACCACUGAGUGACAUUCGCAGAAAGAUUUUUGAAGAACAUCAAAGUUUGGGGAUUAUGAGAAAUCCAAAAGGUGCUUUGACAAGAUACUUCAUACUAUGGUCUGAUCAUGCAUCACUUUUGAGUGCUGGCCAUUUACUAUUGACUGUCAAAGUUGUUUACGAUGACAAGUUAUUUUAUACAGAUGAGGAAAUGUAUGCAAAAACAGGAAUUUGUCAUGAUGUUCAAGAACUUGUGGAGCGUCCAUCCGUUUAUAUUAUUGGUUUUGCCCAGGAUAGCAUUGCAGAGAAGCUUUCAUAUGUCGAAACCAGACUUAAUGACAUUAGAAAAUUGUCUGACCCAUUAAUUGUCAAUGAUAAGAAAGUGGUUGAUGUGAUAAGGUUUUUUCAUGGUGACCAUCCUGAAAUACAAUACGAGAGUGGUAACUCUCAUGGUGGAAACUUUCCCUGUCUUUGUGGAUGCAAAAAAUCAAGAUUUACAGAUAUAGCCCAUGUCUACAGUAACAAAAUAGUGUCCUUGGAACAAAGAAGGAAGAAGGUAAUAUCAGGCCCAGCAGGACAACAACAAAAAGCUGUGUCUCCAUUUCAACAACUCAAUGUGGAGAAACUGGGUCUUGAAGUAAAUUACAGAAACCUUGACCGUGACUUACCAGUUCAUCAAAAGUUGCACAAAAAGGACCUUGAACAGCUACUAAAAAAUCAUUUGACAGGAAUUAUCCGUGUUCCAGCUCUUUGCUUUGGAAAUGAACAUAGUACAAUGGAGUCCUUGAAUCUUGCUAAUUAUGAAGUGAUGCCGAUUGAACCACUGCAUGAUUGUAAAGGACAUAUCAAGAAUUUGUGGGAUGUUUUGCAUGAAGUGUUGACACCUCAAGAGAAUAAAAUUUUUCAACAGUCCCUAGAUGCCACAUAUGGUUCGAAGGACAAGGUGAGAGGAUCUGACUAUCGGCUGUCAUCAAUAGUUGUUUACCAAUCAAUGCAAAGCACUUGCAGAAAGGAAAUCAAAGAGUUGUUGUACACAUUGAUGGAGCUAGUUCGGUUAUCAUAUCUUAAAUCCCAAAAAAGGUCCCCACGAAUUAUUCUACGAUUACAUAAUAUUAGUUUCCAGCAUGCCAUGUUGUGCCAAGAUCUGUUUGGGCAUAAUUUAAAGUCAAUGUCUACACAAAAGCUUUAUGGCAUUUAUUAUCAUGGCUUGACAACACAUUUAGCAGAAGUAUCGAGAAUUAUCUCACCAAGCUCCUUACACACAGAGAAUGAAGAACAGCUAUUCAGCAAAAUUAAUCAAAUAAGUUUGAGAACAUCAGCCAGAUCCUUAGAAUCCAUACGUGAUAAUAGCAUCAUCCGUAUUCAAGCUGAACAGAAAUUUAUUGCCAAAGAAUGUUCUAGAAAAUCAACUAACACAUCUAAAAUAUCGAAAUUUUCAGAGAGUGUACUUGAUGAGAAAAGAAGUUGUUUUAACAUUAACUUACCUCUACGGAAAUAUCAGGCACACUUGGAAAGAAUUGCAGAUUUUUUGCUCUAUGGUAAUGGUGUUUGGUGGCAUAGAGAAAAUGAUAUUAUCAUAUUUCAUGAUGGAAAAGAGGAUGAUGAUUUCAGAGUUGAAGGGCCUUUGAUGACAAAUUUCAAACAAGACAACCUGCAAUCAGUAGCAAAAGAUGUAGAAGCUUGUUGGAAGAAAUGCGUUGAUCGUGGUAUUGAAUUGCCAAUCACAAAGAUAAAUACUUUCGACGAAAAUGGAGAUUUAAUAGAAUGCAAGGCACUUGAAGAAACUGGCGUUACAAAUCCAAAAGCAAACAUAACAAGUAAUAUCAAACUGAUGGCUGAUGAUGAUAAUGCAGAAUAUGAUAAUGCGUAUAUAUCACAUGAUAAUAAUGAAGAGAUAGAAAUGGAGAUAGAUAUCACAUUAGAACAGCAACCUUCCUUAUUGGAUUUAGAAGUUGACCAAGCUGUUCAUUUUAAGAAAGAAACAUCAAACACAAUUACAUUGGAACAACAACCUUGCAUAGCUGACUCAGUUACUAAUCCUAAAAAAACUGCAGAAAAUAGUAAGUUGGAAAAGAUCUGUAGAGACAGACAGACGAAAGCUGACCAAAACCCAAUUCUUGAAUCAGGUGUAUGCAAGAACAUAAUGUAUGUUCUUGGCUAUUCAGAUAAAUUGAAGGACUUCGACCGUCAUCAUAUGUCAUAUAAGCUGACUAAAAGUGAACAUUCAAGAAAAAAAUGUAGAGCAUUUAUCAUUCAUUUUCGCGAAAAAGUGAUGGCUGUUCAGCAUGAAGCAGAAAAAGCUACGAAAGAUUGGGAAAAAGACUUCAUACUACUCUUUCGUACAGAGGUAGGAUUUGCACCCACAACUAUUUAG